CAGAGAUGGCGGCUGCCAAACUCCGCCCGUUAACGUCACUGACAUCCCUUGUAGAGUUAUACAAAACCUGGGGCUAGUAUGUCUCUGUGGCACAUCCCUCACUCCACCUGCUCAAGAGAAAGGAUUAUUUUACAGAGCAUAAGGAUACAUGUGAGCAGCUUCAAACACAUGCGGGUGAUUUUAUCCCAAAGUGCAGAGACCAUGGCUGAAGAAAUGUCCCCACAGCUGUCAAGAAAGGUGCCCACAACUGUUGUUGAAAAAGGCGUUAAAAGGAAACAAGACAGACACUGUGUCACGGAUUCUGAUCCACAAGGACGGGUCAAAAGUAAGGACACAUUGUCAGAGAGCGAUUUAGGAAUCCUCUAUCUGAAUCCUCAAACACCAAGUUGGUCUCUCGUACAGCAGUUUGCACAACUUUCCUCAGGAGAAGGAAAAGGAGGCUGCGAGGAUGCUAAAUUUCUGGAAAACAAUGACACACAUUCUGGUGAAAAGAACAAGAGGACCUGUUGUAAAAUCCCCAAGAUGCACCAAUCAGCCAGCCAGCUGGAGUCAAAACUCAAAGAGCUCAACGUCAAGAAGCAUUCUUCAGAACGUGGUGAAAAUAAGAGCAGGAAGAAGAACGCAAACAGCGCUUCAGUUAAGAAAAAGUGUGACGACAACAAGAUCCCUCGGCUCUUAGUAGCGAUGAAAAAACGCAGCGAGGUUGACACAGAGCAUCGCCCCUUUAAGUGCACACAUUGUCACUGGGCCUUCAAGAAGCUCUGCAACCUGCAGAGUCACCUGCAAACACACACCGGCCUCAAGCCGCAUGUCUGUGACAUCUGCGGAAAGGCUUACUCCCACCAGGGCACGCUGCAGCAGCACAAGCGUCUGCACACGGGUGAAAGACCCUACCACUGCCCCUUCUGCGUGAAGACCUACAUCUGGUCCUCGGAUUACCGCAAGCACAUCCGCACACACACCGGCGAAAAGCCCUAUGUCUGCGACACUUGUGGGAAGGACUUCAUCCGCUCCUCUGACCUGCGGAAGCACGAGAGAAACAUGCACACCAACGACAAGCCCUUUCCCUGCACGCACUGUGGCAAGACCUUCAACAAGCCCCUCUCCUUGAAGCGCCACGAGCGCAAGCACCUGGGGGAGAGGCCCUUCUCCUGCCCCGACUGUGGGAAGGCGUUCGCUUUGGCCAGUCGCAUGGUGGAGCACCAGAAGAUCCACGCCGGCGUGCGUCCAUACGCCUGCUCCGUGUGCUCCAAGUGCUUCACCAAGUCCUCCAACCUGACCGAGCACGAGGCAAUCCACAGCGGCGUGCGGCCCCACAAGUGCGCGGAGUGCGGCGUGGGGUUCGCCAUGGCUUCGCGCCUCGUGCGCCACCAGUACGUCCACAACAAGGAGAAGUUCCACAGCUGCACGGGCUGCAGCAAGAAUUUCAGCCAACUGGCCACGCUGAAGAUUCACCAAGAGCAAACAUGCUCGGGGAGAAUCUUUGUCUGUGUGGAGUGCGACAAGUCGUUUCAGUGCGCUGCAAAACUUUCACAGCACAUGCUGAACCACAGGGACAAGAAUGCCUGAGACUGGUUAAGUCAGGCUUGUGUUGGACCUAACCUCCAGACUGUGGAUCUCCAGCAUACUGGUGUUUUCCUGCGUGGAGAAGCCUGGAGUGACCCGUAGCAGCUGUCCCGCGGGCCCAAAGCUGACAACUGCAUGAGGGAUCGAGUACUUCAG